AUGGACCGCGACCAGAACGAGGCGCGGGCCACGGAGCAAGCGAUCUUGAAUGACCUGGAGCGGACCUUUGCCGAUAUGCCCAUGGUGGCGCCACGGAAGCCCCAGAUCUUCCGGAUCCUGCAGGACUUCGCGAGCGGCAACCCGGACAUCGGCUACACCCAGGGUAUGAACUACGUGGCCGCUACUCUGGUCCUGAAGUUCCACCCUCGCGAGGACACCGCGCGGAAGAAGUUCAACGAGGUGCUUCUGCAGUUCAGCGGCUUUUGGUCGUUCCAAAAGUGGCAGCACACCCCCUCCCGCCCCUGUGAGCAUCACGACCCAAUUGCGUGCCGGCUUGUGCGAUGGAUGGCGACCACGUUUUGA